CUUCAUAACCCAGAAGUCCUUGCAAUACGGAAGUGAGGUAGAGCGGCGCCAAAGUGCUGUAUGGAAAUCACUUUGAAAGUGUUUCAAACAGUUCCGGACACACCAUAGCUUUGCAACCUGAGUGGGUCGUCAUUUGGUUUUGACUGAGUAAGUUAAAUCAAUAACUUGUAUAGAAAAAAAGUAAACCACAAAAUAUGUAAAAGUGAAGAACGUAAUUUACUCGUGUAGAAGUGCAGUGCAGCGUCAAAGCAGGAUGGCAAGCUAGCAGCAGCAGCAGCGCGGUGGCGAUGGGGGACGGCUAUCUGUCCACGUCCGAGUCGGUGGUGGGAGACGGCACCUACACGCUGGUCGGAGAGGAGGACACCGACGCGCCUGCCGUCUUCUUCUGCGUGAAGUGCAGGCUCCCCUUGGGCGACUCCUUCACCUGGGCGGGCACCGACGAGCAACAGAACCACAUACUGCUACGGAGAGUCAGCAACAACGUGGUCCUUGGGAAGGAGCCUCUCUUUGCCGGGAAGUACAAGAGGAUGGGCUGCGUCAUCCGGACCCUGACCUGUCUUGGAUGCUCGUCUCCGGUCGGAAUCAUGUACGUGUCGACGCCCAAAGAACUGGAUCACCGCAGGUCUCUCUUCAGUAUGGACGUGGCCAAAAUAGACAGCUAUGUAGUUGGGUCCUCCAGCCAACAGAGGGCGGUGUUGAGCUCAGAGAAGACGCCAGUGUCCCUCGAGUACAGAGAGGGAGUCCAGCAGCAGCUGAAUGAGGUGAAGGCCUUAACGGUGGCGAUAGGACAGAGGCUGUCUGAGAUUGAGGCUGACCUGCAGAUUAAGUCUGUAUGACCCUGAUGAUCUUCACCAGUGGUGACUAACAACCUUAACCACCCAUUGUACGACCCUGAUGACCUUCACCAGUGGUGACUUUAACAACCUUAACCACCCAUUGUACGACCCUGAUGACCUUCACCAGUGAUGACUUUAACAACCCCAUUGAGCCUUUUUGAUGAUCUCAAUCGCUGACUUACUGUCUAUGUGUGUGUAUGACCCUCUGGAGACCUUGAUGGAUAGAUGAGGUGACAUUAACCUUGUUGACCUGGGACACUCACACACACACACACACACACUCACACACACACACACACCUCUCUGCUCCCACUUACUGUAUACAAAUACACAGAAGUGGUUUGUCACCAAAAUGUAAAUUAAAAAAGACAGUACAUUUUUGUUAUUAAAGUUCACAUAUGAAAAUGUUCAACGUACAUUCAUUGGUCGAAAUACCCUGUAUAUACCAU